GGUUAAAUAAUAAAAUUACACAAAAUCUGUCUCAAAUUAAUUUCUCUAUCCUCUCUGUUGUGCUGCUUCUUUUCUUCAGCGUCUCUUCGGUAACUGACACACUUCUCUGCAAGAAAGCUGUAAAUUUCCCGCCGGCUUCCGGCACUUUCCUCUCCGGAAAAUAGGAAAAGGAAGAAAUAUGUAUGCCUACGUGCAUCUUGCAAGGUUAACUGGUGGCAUGCAACCCUUGAGGUUUUAGAAGAUAAGCAGACACGGGGCAAUGUACUUCACACGUGUAAAUUGCAAUUCUAAAAAUGGACAUUUUUGUUAUAACAAAACAGUAUCCAACAACAUGCUUCUUAUCUCAAACUAGUUAGAGAAGCAAUGCAAGAAGAGAAAGUUUGAGUAGCGCACGUUUCUAGCUUGACUUUUAGGGUUUACGGAGCACCUGUCUUUCGAUUUAUUGCUAUUUAUUUCAUGAUUACGGAAGCAGAGGCACAAGUUUUCCUAUUUAGUCAUGUUGAUGUUUGGCAAAAAUGUCAAAGGGAAUUGUUACCAAUUCUCAUUUCUGAUCUAGAGAUUGCAGAAUCAAUUGUGAUCUUCAAAUCAAGCACAAUUGAUACUACAGUCUUCACUACUACUCAAUUCAACAAUCAUGUCUCCAUGGUGGAACAAAUCCUCAUCUGAAGAAGUAAAGAAGAAGUCAAACAGUGGGGGUAUUUUCGGAACGAUUCAGAGAAAGCUGAAAAGCCCAUCUGAAUCAAAACACAAAUCAAAGGGAUCUAAUUCCCGUGUUGGUUCUCCAUCAACACUAGUGUCUCGAUCCCAAAGCUUUGCAGAAAGACCUCUUCCCCACCCACUCCCACUUCCUGAUGUUCAUCCUACUGCUGAUUCAGGAAAAAGGGCAUCAAGAAAAUCUGGAAUUGGGAAACGCUCCUCAUUGACACCUCAUAAACCUAGUCGUUCCCAAAAUGCCCCUGGUCAUGUGGAUGUUGAAGGUGAUGUGGCAACUGAUUCGGUUUUUACCGAUAGUUCAAGUGACAGUGAUGAUCCCUCUGAUUCACGGCUUCUAAGCCCUCAGGUAUCCGACUAUGAAAGAACUUACACAAACAGUCCUUCCAGUGCGGUUUACAAGAUCCAAAAUCAUCACAUUGCAACACAAAAGAGAAGGGAGAAAUUGAAGCCGGUGAACACAACCACGUGUCCGAACAACCAGACGGUGCCCACGUCACCAAAGCGGCGACCUUUAAGUCGCCACAUGGCGAAAUUACAGAUCCCUCAAUCUGGUGCUUUCUUUAGUGCUCCAGACAGUUCCAUGUCCAGCCCAUCUAGAAGUCCAAUGAGGGUAUUUGGGCCUGACCCGACUCUGACCUCUGGUUUAUGGGCCGGAAGGCCCUAUGCCGAUGCGGGUUUUCUUGGGUCGGGUCAGUGCUCUAGUCCCGGGUCGGGUCACAACUCGGGUCAUAACUCGGUUGGUGGAGACAUGUCUGCGACUCAGUUACUCUGGCAACAUAGUCGAUGCAGCCCUGAAUGCUCACCUAUACCUAGUCCUAGGAUGACUAGCCCUGGUCCUAGCUCAAGAAUACAAAGUGGGUCUGUCACCCCAUCACAUCCAAGAGCAUGUGGGUUGAACAUGGUGGACCCAUUUGCCAACUGGCCUGAUGAUGCGGUUACUGGAAGACAACAAAGUCACAGAUUACCCCUUCCACCUUUAACAAUCUCCAACAUUGGUCCUUAUUCACCCUCGUAUUCAACCGCAACUACCCCAACAGUUCCAAGAAGUCCAGGUAGAGCAGAUCUUUUGGUUGGCCAUGGUUCACGUUGGAAGAAAGGAAGGUUGCUUGGUAGAGGCACCUUUGGACAUGUUUAUCUUGGUUUCAACAGUGAGAGUGGGGAAAUGUGUGCAAUGAAGGAGGUGAUUUUAUUUGCGGAUGAUGCAAAGUCAAAGGAAAGCGCCCAACAGCUGGGGCAAGAAAUCGCACUGUUAAGUCGCUUGAGACAUCCAAACAUCGUACAAUACUAUGGAUCUGAGACAGUGGAUGACAAACUUUAUAUUUACUUGGAGUAUGUUUCGGGUGGUUCCAUUCAUAAGCUUCUCCAGGAUUAUGGUCAGUUGGGUGAAUUAGCUAUCCGAAGUUACACUCAUCAAAUUUUGUCAGGACUCGAGUAUUUGCACGCUAAGAAUACAGUCCACAGGGAUAUUAAAGGAGCAAAUAUACUGGUAGACCCUAACGGACGUGUAAAAUUGGCCGAUUUUGGGAUGGCAAAACAUAUUUCAGGGCCUUCAUGCCCGUUAUCCUUCAAGGGAAGCCCAUACUGGAUGGCACCCGAGGUUAUCAACAAUAAUUCAAACGGUUGCAAUCUUGCUGUGGAUAUAUGGAGUCUUGGGUGCACAGUGCUAGAAAUGGCUACAACUAAACCUCCUUGGAGUCAGUAUGAAGGGGUGGCUGCUUUGUUUAAGGUUGGAAACAGCAAAGAGCUUCCAUCAAUCCCUGAGCAUCUUUCCGAUGAAGGCAAAGAUUUUAUCUUGCAAUGCUUACAGAGGAACCCAUCACACCGCCCUACUGCUGCACAGCUUCUAGAACACCCUUUUGUUAUAAAUAUUGCUUCAUCUGAAAGAUUGAUACUGGAUCCAGGCCCAAUUACAAACGCAGUCAGAUUUCUGGGCAUUGGAUAUGGUUGUGAAGGAGUUUCUGUUGUUCACUCUCGAGGACCAAAAUCUAGUCCUGGAUUCAGUAACAUAUCAUGCCCGGUUUCUCAUUUGGGCAGCCCACUGUUGCAUCAAAGAUCUGUUCAAAAUAUGAAUGGAAGAGUAUCCCCAUCUCCAAUAUCAAGCCCGCGAAACAUCUCUGGUUCAUCCACCCCUCUAAAUGGAGCCAUUCCUUUCUACCACCACCAGCCAAGUGUGUUGUACACUCCUGAGUUCACAGGUUUGGGGAUGAGUUCACGGUCUCCCACUAGAUGUUUUGGACCUCCUCCAUCGUAUUAUCAUGACCCGAGGCCCGAUAUGUUUCGAGCAAUGCCUCAAGGGUCUCCCUUCUUUCAGGAGAUAGUUCCUUCUGACAACGAUUUUCUAGGGAACCAAAAAGAAAGAUACAGCGGGCAGUCGGUGCUUGUCAACCGUGUUUCCGAGCAGCUUCUCAGAGAUCAUGUCAAACAGAAUCCAGUCAUUGACCUCAACCCUCCUUCACCGGUGGUUAGUCGAAGAAGGAGUUGACCACCAGCAACUAAAAGAACAUAUUAUGAAUAAUAAUAUCUAUAUAUAUAAUAUAUCUAUAUCUAUAUUUAUCUUUCUUUUUUUUUUUUAUGCUCAUAAUCCCUUUUGGAAGCUGAAAUGGAAGGAGGGAUGCAGAUGGAUAGGUUCUGAAACUCCAGCAUUUAACAGUGGUUCGUGGUGGAUAUGUAAAGAAGUGUACACCUCAUACUAUGAGAAAGAGAAGGGAUUCAUGGGCUUGUUUUCAGGGGUUUUACUUUUACUGCCGUACAGGAAGAAGAGGGGUAGGUGAUAGAGUCUUAGAUUUUGUUGAAAAGUUUGUGCAUCCGUGGUUUAAACUAGAGUUAGGAUAUGAAAAAUAGUUACUUAACCAUCUUAUGUGCACAUCAAAAGCUUUAUCAAUGAGAAUGUUCUUUUUUUUUUU